GCGUAAGACUGAGUUCAAUUCUUCCAAUGAAAAAACCCUAGCGUCGAUUUUCGGGGAUUGGGGAAGAGGGCAUCAGAAUGCAAGCCCAGUGGGGUGACGAGGAGACUCGGGAUUUGAUACUAAUUCGUGGAGAAAUUGAAAGAGAAUUCACUGGAAUCAAACGGAACAAAACAGUAUGGGAAAUUGUUAGUUUUAAAAUGAAAGAGAAAGGCUAUUCCAGGACUCCCGAUCAAUGUAAAUGCAAAUGGAAAAACCUUCUCAAUCGCUACAAGGGCAAGGAGACAUCUGAUCCGGAGAGUGGGCGGCAAUGUCCAUUCUUUGAUGAAAUGCAUGCAGUAUUUACUGAAAGAGCAAAAAACAUGCAGAGGUUACUUUCUCAAUCGGAGAAAAGGGGGAAGAAAUUGAGUGGUAAUAGGUAUUCAGAUGAAUUGUCUGAUGAGGAAGAUGUUGAUGAGGACUAUGAAAAUGAGGAGGAGGUGCCUGCUAGAGGUAAUUCUCGGAAGAGGAAGAUUGAAAGAAAUGUUUCGGAUAAGUCUUCGAGAGCUGGCAGUAGUGGUGGAAGAAUCGAGGAAUUGCUUAAAGAAUUUUUUGAGAAGCAACAAAGGAUGGAGAUGGAGUGGAGGGAGAUGAUGGAGAGGCGUGCGCGAGAGCGGCAAUUGCUUGAGCAGGAAUGGAGGCAGAGAAUGGAGAAACAUGAGAGGGAGAUGUUAAUGGUUGAACAGGCUUGGAGGGAGAAAGAGGAACAAAGGAGGAUGAAAGAAGAAAGACGAGCCGAGAGGAGGGAUGCCCUAUUGACUACCCUGUUGACCAAACUUAUCAAAGAAAAUAAUCUCUAAAGUGGAGGAUUUUGGUUUGGUUGUUGCUUGUAAAGGAAGUGAAUGCUUAACAGGUGAGAAAAUACUUUGUUUCUAAAGAAAAAAAAAUCUUUGCAAAGGGGAAAAAUUAUGUGCAAGAAACAUAUGGAAAGUAACUAUAUUAUGCAAUAAGAUCCACUAUUUGCUAAUUUAGUCACAUAGAGUUUGAAGAAAUUCUUUUGUGUUCAAGAGGAGAAAUAUUCAUUUCUUGGUCUUAAUUUACAGUACAGAUAGUUCAAAAUGUUGGGAUACUGCCGCUGUUAUGAAGAAAGUGUUUCCAUUGACACCUUUCGUUUCUUUUUUCAUGUAAAUAUAUUCUAUUCAUACAAGUAAACAUGAUCUUGUGUAGUUUCUGUUUCGGUUUGAAUGUUGUUCUUAUUUUUUUUAUGUAACUCAUUAAAAGCAGCUUCUGGUGUGUUUGUGUGUAUUGUACUCAUUCUAGUGGCUAUGCUUGCCUGGUGUAAGAAAUUUGGGUUUAAACUAUUAGAUUUUAUAUUAUUUUUUAAUGGUGUGUUGAUUGAUA